AGCACCGACGCAUCCCGAAAGGGUCAACGAUGGCGCGAUUUUUAUAAUCUUAGUGAUCCUAAGGAAACGACUCCGUCACCCCGAGCCUUUCGUUACUCGCAACCAGUAGAAGCAUACAAGAGAUUUGACUGGCUCGCGUUUUAUGCCGUCCGCCUUAGUGACCGCAUUUUCUCUCUUUUUUCUUUGCAACCUUGGCUGCACUCCUCAAGCGAUGACGAGUAGCCUUAGACUUCGGGUCGUGUCGUACAAUUUGCUUUCAUCACACCUUGCUACAACAACCCAGUAUCCGACCCUGAAUCCAGAACACUUGGAUGCGAAAAAUCGCCUUCCGCUUGUCUUGAAUAAGCUGGAAAAAGAGAUACAGUCCAAUCAAAAUGUAAUACUCUGUUUGCAAGAGGUCUCGUACGACUGGGCCGGAUCUUUGCAUACCUUCUUGGCCAAUAGAGGAUACCAUCUCGUUACCGGAUCGUACGGUAAGAAGUUCAACGGAUACAUGGGGGUUUGUUUAGCUUGGCCGCAAGAUUCCUUUGUUGUCGAAGAUGUAGAUAUUUCACGAAUUGCCGAUAAGCGUGAAGGUGGAUGGCCGGUCAACGAAGAGCCGCCAUUGCUUCAGAAGGUAUGGUCCAAGCUGCAAACCGCGCUCGACAAGCCAUUGCGAAAGCUGGGUCUCGUUUCGGGUGAAGAUAUUGAUCAUUGGGACAUGUCGGAACGUCGCUUUAACGUGCUCGUGUCCGCCACUCUCAAAGAGAAAGCUUCCGGACAAUCCUUCUGCAUUGGCACGUACCACAUGCCGUGUGCCUUUUAUGCUCCCAUGGUCAUGACGAUACAUACCGAUCUGGCAGCACGCCACGUGCAGCGACUUGCGGAAUCACACGGAUCAAUUCCGUACAUAUUGGCGGGAGAUUUCAACUUCAAACCGUCCGAUCCCUGCUAUCGACUGCUCACUACGGGGGAAAUUGAUAGCACGGAUCCCUAUCAUCCGUCGCCGAAGGGUGGGGUCGAGUGGAAACCUUCUUCCAUCAAUAUGGCGAGCGCUUACGCGGUGUCGGACCAUGGAGAGCCGGACUUUACAAACU